AUGUCGACACCGACAGAAGACGAUAAGAAAUUUAUGAAAAUUGCGUAUGAGGAGGCGAAGAAAGGGUAUGAUGAAGGGGGUAUUCCUAUAGGCGCAGUUCUUGUCUCCUCCACCGGUGAAAUCCUAGGACGAGGUCAUAAUCGAAGAAUCCAAGAUUCCAGUCCCAUUCUUCAUGCGGAAAUCUCAGCCCUCCAAACCGCCGGCCGUCUCCCAGCCUCCAGCUAUAAAAACACAACAAUGUAUACAACAUUAUCACCCUGUAGUAUGUGUACCGGUGCCAUACUACUCUAUAAGAUCUCUAGAGUUGUGAUCGGAGAGAAUAGGACGUUCGUGGGCAGUGAGGAUUGGUUGGGGGUUAAAGGGGUUGAAUUUGUGGUUAUGGAUGAUGAGGAGUGUAGAAAGUUGAUGGAGAGGUUUAUUAAGGAGAGACCGGGGGAUUGGGGGGAGGAUAUUGGGGAGGAGGGGGAGGAGAGAUAG